AAUCACAGUAGCCUGUGGGCAUUAAAGGCAAAACUAACUAAAACUAACAAUAUCUGAAAUCUGAAACAAUGACGGUGCGCGACUAUAUACGCAAGUUUAUACUGAUGAACUGGAAGAACCAAAAGUUGCAGCUGGCCAGUCCUUUCGAGCUACUAUUCAUAGUGCUUUUGCCCCCAUUAUUUACCCUUGUGGCGGUGUCGAUGCGAUUCCUUGUGCCAGUGGAUCCCCGAUCCGAUAAGGUGUACGAGCCGAUCGAUCUGGAUCGCAGCUGGGCAGAAAUGGUUGAAAAGUUGGAAAGGGCGCGACAAUUUGCCGAUCGGUUCAAUGUGAAGGGGAAUCCGUUCACACCGCAUCUAGUUAUUGGCUGGGCCCCGGAACGAUAUCAUGUUUUCAAAGCCAUGAUGACAAGAGUCCAGACGGAAAUCGAACCGAUGUCCAUGUUGAGUUUCGAAGACUGCGAGAAGCUGCGCGGGGCGAUGGUCGAGCAAAACCUAUUUGCAGGCCUCUGCUUCAGUGAGCAUCCGUUCAAGGAGGAACGCCUCUUUAAGGAGGAGUCCCAGUGGCCGAAUGGCCAUAUGCAGCCGGUGCUCAACUACACCAUUAUUUUACCCAGUGAGCUGAGGCUGUUGGACGGUGACUUUUUGAUGGCCAACUGGAUGACCCUGUACAAGGACGAUCCGCACACCUUCCUGCUUAUCCGUCUCAAUCAGCCGUACGAGGGCGGAUUCGUGGGCUACGUUCGCGAGGGUUUCAUUCGGCUCCAGAAAACGGUCAGCGAAGCCUUCCUGGACUUGGCCAGCCACAAAUCCCCGCCCACCAUCCUUUUGAGACGCUUCCCCGUCACCGGGCGCGCUCAGGAUCCCCUCAUGUACAAUCUUGACUACGGCAUGUCCUUCAUGGUCAUCAUCGGCUUCCUUUUUCCCAUCCAGCUUUUCGUUUGGCAAGUGGUAAAUGAAAAGCAGACGCAACUUCGCCAGUUUCUGAUCAACAUGAACAUUAGCAAUCUUAUACACUUUGUUUGCUGGUAUAUCAAGGGAGUGGUGUACAUGAUGCUUAGCUCGCUACUAGUCGCAUUGCUUUUAAAGGUCCGCUGGGACCAGGAGCACGGGGUGCUGACUCAGACACCCUGGUACAUAUUGAUUUUAGUGCUAUUCUGCUACAGCUCCGCCUCAAUUUCAUUUGCGUUAUUGGUUGCGUCGUUCUUCCGAAAUGCUCUCAACGCCGUUCGGGUGAUAACUAUCAUGUGGGUGGUGUCCUAUGUGCCCACGUUUAUACUGUGGAAUGCCCCGGGUGGCACUAUUCUACCCCUUCGCUAUGUGUCGUAUGUGCUGCCGAAUGUCGUGCUAACUCUGGCUUUCGAGUGUCUUAUUGAACGGGAAUCGAUAUAUAACGUUACUUGGACCGAUUCUGGCUAUAUUCUGAACUACCAUGGCAGUCCCGUGACGGUGUCCUCGAGCACCUGGAUCUUCAUGCUGACCUCACUUAUUUACUGUGCCAUUGGACUGUAUGUGGACACGUGGCGCGGCAUCAAUCAGUCCGGUAAGAAAAUGAAGAAACCCAAUCCAGUGGCUAGUGUGCACGAGGAUCCGUAUCAUGAUCGGGCGGAUAGCUUCACGCAUCAGGGUCAGGCCAUUGGAGUUAAUUCCACCAAAAUCUACGAAGUGGAACCCUCCCAUCGGCGCUUCAAGCUGAAGAUCAAGAAGCUUUGCAAGCGCUUUGCGACCAAAGAUCGUCCGGCCUUGAAUCUUUUCUCGUGGAAUGUCUACGAGAACGAGGUCACCGUGCUGAUGGGCCACAAUGGCUGUGGCAAGAGUACACUGCUCAAAAUUCUAGCUGGCUUGGAAGAGCCCAGUCGCGGCACUGUAAUGAUAUCCACCUUCAACAUACAGACCGAAAGGAAGGCAGCCUCCAUGGAACUGGGCAUCGCAUUUGGGCACGAAAUGCUCUUGACCGGCUUCACAGUCCUUGAUUAUGUGCGAUUUAUUUGCCGGGUGAAGGGCUUGCAUAACUCAAUCGAAAUCGAUGGACAGGCAAACUAUUUUCUUAACGUCUUGCGAAUGGAAAAUUUGAAAGGAAAGCGAAUCCGCAAUCUCACCGCACGCGAUCUGUGCUUAGUCAGCAUCUGUUGUGCUUUCGUGGGCAAUAGUCCCAUAAUCCUCAUAGACGACAUACACUCCGACCUGGACAAGCGCUCACAGUCGCUGGUCUGGGACCUGAUCAACGAGGAGAAGUCGAAGCGCACCAUUAUCCUAGUCUCCAAUUUGCCGUCGUUGGCCGAAAAUAUUGCCGAUCGGAUGGCCAUUAUGUCGAAUGGAGAACUCAAGUGCACGGGCACAAGACCCUUUUUGAAAAAUAUGUACGGACAUGGCUAUCGAUUGACCUGCGUAAAGGCCAAGAAUUGUAAUGUUAAGGAACUGUUUGAGAUGAUGAACAGCUAUAUGCCCAACAUGAGCGUCGAGAGGGACUUUGGGUACAAAGUCACUUUCGUGCUGGAGAACAAGUACGAGGAUCAGUUCCCGAUGCUGAUUGACGAUCUGGAGCAGGAAAUGGAGCGCUUGGGGGUGCUAAGUUUUCGAAUACGGGACACAUCGAUGGAGGAGAUCUUCCUGAGAUUUGGAUGCGAGGACAACGACCAGGCGGGCGGCUAUCAGUCGCAGGAGAAUACCCAGGUGCUGCUGGAAGAGUAUUUUGCUACGCUGGCGGAGGCCAAGGAAAAGGGUCGUGCGACGGGCUGGCGAUUGGGUCUGUUACAUUUCAGGGCUAUGUUCUACAAGCGAUGGAUCGCGGCCUUCCGGCAUUGGAUGGUUUUGGUAUUCGAGUUGUUGGCCAUUGCGCUGGCUGGGGUGUGCACAUUUUCCAGCGUUUUCAUCUACGGCAAGAACUAUCAGCUGGUGCCACUGACCUUCAACCUCAGCCAGCUGCAUACCGUCGAUGCCUUCGCGGAGCUCUUCUCCGACGACGACAACGCCAAGGACAUGCACGCCUUCUACACGGAACUGCUCUACUGGUACGAUGCCCAUGUGACGAUGUUGACGAGGAACCGGCGCAGCAAAUACGCCCUGUUGCACCAAAACGAGUUCACCAGAAACGUCAACUUUCGCUAUAUAUUCGGGGCCACCUUUGCCAAGGGCACGGUCACUGCCUGGUUCAACAAUAUACCCCUGCACUCAGCGCCCUAUGCCUUAAAUGCCGUCCACAAUGCGGUGGCCAGACACUUAUUUGACGUGGAGGCGACCAUCGAUGUGACCCUGGAGCCGCUGCCAUUCCAGACGAACAUCAACACCUAUCCACCGAACAACAACAAUUUCGGUGGUUCCUUGGCCUUCAGCAUAUGCUUCGUCCUGAUCUUUAUAUGGCCGGCGUUUGCUAUUUUCCUGAUCAGCGAGCGCGGCAGCUUCAUGAAAAAGCAACAAUUUUUGGCCGGAGCAAGUUUUUCCAGCUACUGGGUGUUUACUGCGCUAUAUGAUGCCUUCUUCCUGCUCCUCUUCUGCCUGGGCGUAGUGGGUUUGGUGGCCAUCUACAAGAGUCCCCACCACGACGUAAUGCUAUACGUCUUCAUAUUGAUCACUUUAAUGCUGGCUGGAAUUUGGGUGAUCUUGCUCGCUUACUUUAUAUCCAGCAUUUUCCGCAACCCGUGUUAUGGAUUUAUGUGGCUUUGCGGGAUUAACAGCCUAGGCCUCGUCGUCUUCUCACAAUUAUAUAGAACUGGUCUCGAAAAUAUGACUCUCGAGCCGAGCGUUUUGACCAUGUAUUCGGUGGCCGUGAUAAUAUGCAAACUUUUAGUGAUCUACGAGUACAAGCUAAUCUGUACGGAUCCCAUAGUGAACUUCACCUCCAUCGAGAUCUUUAAGUGCAAGAGCACCCCCAAUUGCUGCUUUAGUUCGGACUACAGUACUCCCGAAUCGGGUAUCUAUUGGGAGCUCACUGUGAUGACGGUACUUAACAUUGUGCUGGGAGUUCUACUGUUUUUCAAGGAGUUUUACUCGAUCGUGGGAUUUGGAUACUGUCGCUCUGCGAAGACGGCCAGUUCGGAGGAUUCCAAUCGCGAAGGUAACCUGUCCACUGCCAAUACCUUGGAUUAUGCAAUCUCCGCCAAAAGAUUCAGAGCCAAUAAUCUAACGGAGCAGGAGAGCGGUAAAAUGGCAGCCGUCGGGAUUGGUAUUGUCAGCAAAUAUCGCCGUAACAAAGUGCUUAAGGACCUGGACUUCUCUGUGGAAAGGUCCGAGUGCCUUAGCAUCUAUGGAUCGAACAACUCCGGCAAGUCGACGCUGCUGAGACUGCUGGUGAGCGAGGCGAAGCUAAAGAGUGGACAGAUCUGGAUCCAAGGCCACUCGGUGCAUCGCAACCGGCUAAAGUGCUACCGAAUAGUGGGCUAUUGCCCGCAGAGGGACAGCCUUCCGGCGGAGUUCACUCCCCGGGAGCUGCUCUACAUCCACGGCUUGAUCCAGGGACACAAGCACCGGAUGGCCCGCGAGCUGUCGGAAUCGCUGCUCCGGAUGCUGGGACUCGCGCAGUGCUGGAAUCGAUCGGUGCGCAUGUGCACCAAAGGACAGAUCCGGCGAUUUUACUUUGCCUACGCCGUGAUGGGAUCCCCGGAUCUCAUCUGCGUGGACGGGGUGCCAGCUGGCCUGGAUCCCACCGGCAAACAAAUCAUGCUAAUGAUGACCUCCACCAUGCAGUCGAUGGGCUCCAGUUUUCUGUUCACCACACUGACAAGUCUGGACUCCGAGCGACUGUGCACGCGGACACCGCUCCUCAAGGAGGGCCAGCUCUGGAUGAUCGGUGAUGAAGAUGCCCAAAACGCGAGCUACAGGGAUGGCUACCAGGUGGAGGUGCGGUUCAAGCGCAAGGUCAAUCCCAAUGUCAGCAUGUCUCGGACCACCUGGAACCUCAUCAACCACUUCCCCAUGUCGCCGAACAAAAAGUUCAGCGCCUUUAUGGGGAUCAAGUUCCCCGAGGCCACGCUCCAUGCCGAAAGGGAGGACUCAAUGGUGUUCCACAUGCCAUUGGGCACCACCACAUUCUCGGAAAUAUUUUUUACACUGCGCAAAGAUGCCUUCGAAAUGAACAUCGAGGACUAUUUCAUAACGCGCAAUAUGCGCACAGGUUCCCAGAUCUAUGGUAUAGACCAUUUUCAUGAAAACCUUUGA